AUGGCGGACAAGGAGGAGACCGAGAAGACCAUCGCCGAGGACUUGGUUGUUACCAAGUAUAAAAUGGCCGGCGAGAUCGUGAACCGGGUGUUGAAACAAGUUUUAAACAAAUGUAUCGCUGGAGCUUCUGUGAGAGAGAUAUGUGAGUUUGGUGACAAAAUACUUACGGAGGAAACCAAUAAAGUUUUUAAAAAGGAGAAAGAUCUUAAAAAGGGGAUUGCUUUUCCGACAUGCAUAUCAGUCAAUAAUUGCAUUUGUCACUUCUCUCCUAUCGCUAGUGAACCCGAUCUCAUUCUUAAGGAUGAAGACCUGGUUAAAGUUGAUCUUGGAGCACAUGUCGAUGGUUUCAUAGCUGUAGUGGCACAUACUAUUGUUGUUGGGUCUGCACCUGAGAAGAAAGUGACAGGCAGAAAAGCAGACGUAGUUUUAGCUGCUCACUAUGCUUCUCAAGCUGCAUUAAGGCUUUUAAAGCCAGGUACAGAGACUUACACGAUAACAGGUACUGUGGAGAAAAUAUGUGAUGCCUAUAAAUGUAAACCGAUCGAAGGUAUGCUAAGUCAUCAGUUAAAACAAUUUAAGAUUGAUGGAGAGAAAACAAUAAUUCAAAAUCCAAAUGAUGCGCAAAAGAAAGAACAUGAAAAGUAUACUCUCGAAACUCACGAGGUAUAUGCAAUGGAUGUGUUAGUUAGUACGGGUGAAGGAGUAGGAAGAGAACAGGACACUCGGGUUACGAUAUACAAGAAAACAGAGGAGACAUAUCAGCUUAAACUGAAAGCGUCUCGCAUGUUUUAUUCAGAAGUCUCCCAUAAACAUGGUCUCAUGCCGUUCAAUUUACGUACCUUUGAAGACGAGAAAAAAGCAAAAAUGGCUGUUGUUGAAUGUGUAAAUCAUAGGUUGAUAGAGCCAUUCCAAGUUCUGUAUGAAAAACCAAACGAAUAUGCGGCACAAUUCAAAUUUACGGUACUCUUGAUGCCUAAUGGACCUCAUAAGAUUACGGGAAUUCCUUUUGACCUUGAUAUAUAUCAGUCUGAUUGUGUCGUAGACGAUCCUGAAUUAAAGAACCUUUUGUAUUCUUCGGCAAAUCCGAAAUCUGCGAAAAAGAAGAAAAAGAAGGCUGAGAAAGCUGUAGGAGACGUCGCCAUGGAAGUCGAUGCUAAGGCCUAACAUUGUCAUUUUAAUGCAUACCAUGACUUACCGGCAUCGUGCACUCCAAUACUUUUUAUUUGGUGGUCUAAAGGAGUUGAGGCUGGACAUUUUCGAUCACAAAUCACUCAACAAUCAGCAUAGCCAUAUCUUCAUCCGAACAUUGCACAAAUUACAAUGCUAUGCUUCGUAUUGCCAUGUCCCUGUAUGAAUUAUCAGCAAUUGUCUAUAGUAUACGUCUACUUCAUUCAUUUUCGAUGAAAGUGUCGAACCUUGCUGCUCUAUCGAGAAAAUUUGAACUUUACCACACGUUACGCCACAAUUUUAUCAGCGCUUAAGUUUUUAUACCAGACCAUCUUUUAAUAGAUUAUGGUAUACUAUACGCAGAUUGAUGAUUACUUAUAUGACCAUUACUUGCAUAAUUGUUGUAUAUUGCGUUUCAAUCUUUAAACUAACAUUUCGUACAUAACAAUCUUGUGUGAUCGCUUUCUGUGAAAUUAUAACAUAUAGAUUGGCCGACGUAAAAGAAAUGAAUCGUAUGGAUCCAAAAUAAAUUAAUGAUUAUUUUCGCGUAUCGUAUUAAUUGAGAAAUUAUACAGAGUGUAUCUAUUCAAUUUAUGUGUGCAUCAUUACUUUUAAAUGAUUUGAGAAAAUUUUAUUUUAUGCACAGAUGAGUUGUACAUUGUGAUUUCUGAAUAUUUCCAUAAAAUACGAUUCCCUUUCAUGUUCAUUGCUAAUUCUGCGCAAUUUUAUAUACCGUUACAAAAACUAUGCUAUAACGUUUAACUUCAAGUUGUACAAUUGGAGUAUUGUCCAUUCUGGGGCACUGCAUAAAUAAUGAAAUGCCAAUGAUUCUUCGAGUCUUUCGUUGCGAAAAUACCCCCGACCGAAAAAAA